AUGAGCUCCCCUGAAACCGCAUUUGCCUACGAGGAGCCCUCCAUCCACACCAUUCUCAAUCAAUCCGGCUUCCUGCUAGUCCUCAAUCUGGUCAACGUCUGCCUGGACAAACUGCUCUACUGCGGGCUUAUCGGCCAGCUCUUCAUCGGCAUUCUCUGGGGUACUCCCGGGGCGAAAUGGCUCAGCGACGACGCGGAGACCGUGAUUCAGCAGCUCGGGUACCUGGGCUUAAUUCUGUUGGUCUAUGAAGGCGGUCUCUCGACUUCACUCUCUUCGCUGCGAGCGAACCUCUUCCUUUCGGUCGCCGUGGCAUUGACCGGGAUCGCUACCCCCAUGGCUCUCUCCUUCAUCCUCAUGGAACUGGUCUCAGCGACUCCCUUGCAAGCCUUUGCUGCUGGAGCGGCCCUCAGUGCGACCAGUCUGGGGACCACGUUUACCAUUCUUUCCACCACGGACCUUGUCAAGACACGGCUGGGUGUUGUAACUACGAGUGCGGCGAUGCUCGACGAUGUUGUAGGACUGGUGAUGGUUCAGAUCAUCACGAACCUUGGUGGCGGUGGCGGCGAUUCGUUCAGUGCGGUGACUGUCAUCCGACCGAUCUUCGUGUCGCUCGCCUUUGGUGUGGGCGUCGUGCUUGUCUGCCGGUUCGGUGUGACGCCUACCCUGCGGGUUCUCUUCAUGCACCGCGACAAAUUUCCCAAUGCUGCGAAGACAGUUCAGUUUGCUUUCCUGGCUUAUACGUGUCUCUUGGUGGGGCUGGUCGCUGGUGCUACCUACGCAGGGACAUCCAGCUUGUUUGCUGCAUAUCUUGCGGGUGUCUCAGCGACGUGGAUCAAAUUGAGGACUCAGAAUGCCUCCCAGGAGCGUGCGUCCAGCCAGGGAAGUGGGACUUCCGAGCGGGAUGGCCAAGGGAAUCCCUCACAAUCCGGUGACAUGAGCUCGUCUUGUGCAGAAUAUCCCACUGGCUCGCUGGUUUACGAGAGAUACUAUGCGGAACCAGCCAAGAGAAUCUUAAUUCCGCUCUUCUUUGCCUCGAUCGGAUUUGCUGUCCCAAUCACGGAAAUGUUCAGGGAGGAUAUUGUCUGGAGAGGGGUCAUCUACGCCAUUCUCAUGUUCUUCGGGAAAGUCGUGACAGGUACCUGGCUGGUCAGAUUUACCUUCGGGCCGGUGUCGAGCUUGGUUCGGACAUUGACAGCAUUCUUCUCCUACGUUAGACUGGCCUGUGCCCGUUCACCGCAGGCUAAAUCAGCAAAGGUGAAGGACAAGACGACAAAGAAAGAGAAAGCACGCUCGAGGGACUCGAACACUGUAGCCGCAGAUCAAUCCACAGAUAAGGUCGCUGGUAGCGGUACAUCGGCGUCGAACGGCAACAACUCUUCCCAGCGAGCUUCCGCCAGCUCAACUGCGAGAAAUCAUCCAUGGCCUGAACGUGCUAGCUCGUCUAGCUCUCUUCCCCCCAAACCCAAAUCUCUGUAUCCAUCGUCAAUAUUGGGUCUGGCAAUGGUAGCGCGAGGGGAGAUAGGCUAUCUCAUUGCGUCCCUCGCAGAAUCGAAGGGGAUCUUUGGUCAAGGCCCAACUGGCGGCUCUUCAGACACUUAUCUGGUCGUCGUUUGGGCGAUCUCGAUCUGCACCCUUCUUGGUCCCAUUUGUGUAGGUACGCUUGUCCGAAGGGUAAAGACCCUGCAGCAACAGCGGAUCAACUCGGGUGGCCCAGAUCCGCUGGGCGUGUGGGGCAUUUGAUCAUAGUGGUUGUCUAUAUGCGCUGGCGACCACCUAGUUAGGACAUGGUGAGAAGUCCAGCUAUGUGUUUCCGAGUUGCUGUAUAUAGAAGCAAGCAAGACAUACAUAAAUUGUACAAUGACACUGGAACAUGAAC